AAGUGCACUAAAUUGUAGCAAAAGGGGUAUCACAGGUUCAAGACCCAGUCGGAACAGAAUACCCUGGAAGAUUUGCGAAGGAAAUUGUAGAAAGAUUGCACAGGUCCGAUACAGUUCUUAAGAAAAAGAAAACUGCAGCCAGAGAGGUUUGGGGACCCAGCACUUGUAUUAUUCAACGUGCAGGUCCACUACUUCGGGGGUGGGGUGCAGCGAACGCAAGCAGCCCAGGGCGAAAGGCCAGCUCCCUGAGGUGGAACCUUGGGGCAAGCCCCGAGCGGCGGCGGGGCGGAGUGCGGCACGGGGGCAGCGGAAACGGCGGCGGGGGCGCUCCCCUGCCCCGGAAGUACUGUUGCGUUACAGCCUUGCCUUCCUGGGCGGAUUGUAAAUCGUAGCAGCCCUAGGAAGGGAGGCCAUUUUCCCUUCCCAGGAAGAGUGAGGGUAGGGGAGGGAGAAAAAGGAGAGAAAAAACGGCUCAGCGCCUCCCCGCUGGCCCGCGGUGAGGACGCUGAGACCCCUGAGGAGAUGUUUUCCUUUUCGAGCACGGUGCAGCCCCAGGUUACAGUUCCCUUGAGUCAUCUCAUCAGUGCCUUCCAUUCACCAAAAAACACCUCUGUUUCUGUGGGUGCAUCAGUUUCUCAAAAGCAGCAUGGAGAUGUAGCUCCUGACCAUGAGGCUCCCAGCAGUGAGCCUGUACUUAAUUUAAGGGACCUUGGAUUAUCUGAAUUAAAAAUUGGACAUAUUGAUCAACUGGUAGGUGGUCUACUUCCUGGAUUUUGUAAAGGCAAAAGCAUUUCUUCCCAUUGGCAUACAUCUCAUGUCUCCGCACAAUCCUUCUUUGAAAAUAAAUAUGGUUACUUAGAUAAAUUUAGUACCUUACGUUCCUCUUGCUUGUACAGACAACCUUCAAGGACUCUGAAAAGUAUUUGUUCAGAUCUUCAGUACUGGUCAGUUUUCAUACAGUCUCGGGGUUUUAAAACAUUGAAAUCAAGGACAAGACGUCUGCAGUCCACUUCUGAAAGAUUAGCAGAAACACAGCAUAUAGCACCAUCAUUUGUGAAGGGGUUUCUUUUGCGGGACAGAGGAACAGAUGUUGAGAGUUUGGACAAACUCAUGAAAACCAAGAACAUACCUGAAGCUCACCAAGAUGCAUUUAAAACUGGUUUUGCAGAGGGUUUCCUGAAAGCUCAGGCACUAACGCAAAAAACCAAUGAUUCUCUCAGAAGAACUCGUCUGAUCCUCUUUGUCCUGCUGCUCUUUGGCAUUUAUGGAUUCUUUAAAAACCCAUUUUUAUCUGUCCGUUUCCGGACAACGACGGGGCUUGAUUCUGCAGUAGAUCCUGUCCAGAUGAAAAAUGUCACCUUUGAACACGUUAAAGGAGUGGAGGAAGCUAAACAAGAAUUACAGGAAGUUGUUGAAUUCUUGAAAAAUCCUCAAAAAUUUACCGUGCUUGGAGGUAAACUUCCAAAAGGAAUUCUUUUAGUUGGACCACCAGGGACAGGAAAGACACUUCUUGCCCGAGCCGUGGCAGGAGAAGCUGAUGUCCCCUUUUAUUAUGCUUCUGGAUCAGAAUUUGAUGAGAUGUUCGUGGGUGUGGGAGCCAGCCGUAUAAGAAAUCUUUUUAGGGAAGCAAAAGCAAAUGCUCCUUGUGUUAUAUUUAUUGAUGAAUUAGAUUCUGUUGGUGGGAAGCGAAUUGAAUCUCCAAUGCAUCCAUAUUCAAGGCAGACUAUAAAUCAACUUCUUGCUGAGAUGGAUGGUUUUAAACCCAAUGAAGGAGUUAUCAUCAUAGGAGCCACAAACUUCCCAGAGGCAUUAGAUAACGCCUUAAUACGUCCUGGCCGUUUUGACAUGCAAGUUACAGUUCCAAGACCAGAUGUAAAAGGUCGAACAGAAAUUUUGAAAUGGUAUCUCAAUAAAAUAAAGUUUGAUAAGUCUGUUGAUCCAGAAAUCAUAGCUCGAGGUACUGUUGGCUUUUCCGGAGCAGAGUUGGAGAAUCUUGUGAACCAAGCUGCAUUAAAGGCAGCUGUUGAUGGAAAAGAAAUGGUCACCAUGAAGGAGCUAGAGUUUUCCAAAGAUAAAAUCCUAAUGGGGCCUGAACGUAGAAGCGUGGAAAUCGAUAACAAAAAUAAAACCAUCACAGCGUAUCAUGAAUCUGGUCAUGCUAUCAUUGCAUAUUACACUAAAGAUGCCAUGCCUAUCAACAAAGCUACAAUCACUCCGCGGGGGCCAACACUGGGACAUGUGUCCCUGUUGCCUGAGAAUGACAGAUGGAAUGAAACUAGGGCUCAGCUCCUUGCACAAAUGGAUGUCAGUAUGGGAGGACGAGUGGCAGAGGAGCUUAUAUUUGGAACUGACCAUAUUACAACAGGAGCUUCCAGUGAUUUUGAUAAUGCAACUAAAAUAGCAAAGUGGAUGGUUACCAAAUUUGGAAUGAGUGAAAAGCUUGGAGUUAUGACCUACAGUGAUACAGGGAAACUGAGUCCAGAAACUCAAUCUGCUAUUGAACAAGAAAUCAGAAUCCUCCUAAGGGACUCAUAUGAACGAGCAAAACAUAUCUUGAAGACUCAUGCAAAAGAGCAUAAGAACCUAGCGGAAGCUUUACUGACCUAUGAGACUUUGGAUGCCAAAGAGAUCCAAAUUGUUCUUGAGGGGAAGAAAUUGGAAGUGAGAUGAUAACUCUCCUGUAAUGGAUGUGUUGCUGGUUUUAAUGAGAAUUUAAGUAGCUCUGCGGUCCUCUCCUUUUGCAACGCUUUCCUCCCAUUCUUGGCAUCACUCAGGGGUGUGAAACACUUUGUCAGUCUUCUGUCACAGUUAACCAAUUCUGGUUAUUCUCAUGAUGACACCUAUUACAAAUUAGUAACCUAUACAAAUAUUUUAAACAACAAUGAGGAUUGAAAACAGUUUGAGAAAUGCCGAUCAGUUACUAAAGUUGAAAAUAAGUAAUGAUUUUAUGUUUAGUUACUUUACUAGAUGUGAAUAAAAUUUCCUUUAGCUGUUAGGAAAUAUUUUGACUAAGUGGAGUAAAGUUGUUGAAGGAUUGUCUUUAUUUCCAGAGUGUACCAUUUAUCUUUGAUAAAGAAUUGAUGCUGUUUAGCUGUUGGUAAAUCAUAUUUCUAAGUACAUCAGUGGAAACUUCAUUAAGAUGCACUUGAUUGUGCUCCGGAUUGUCCAGAUAUAAAAUGGCUUGAAAUCUAAGUGUGGAGAAUUGUAAACGUACAGGUACAAUUGGAAUUUGAAUGAUUCUGACCUUCUGAAAAUGCAACAUGCAUUUUUAUUUAUUUUUUUUAAACCUUACUGUCACUUGACUAAAGAACUUCAUUUCAGAACACCACAGCAGUACUUUGUUAAGUAGACAAGUAACACCCUUCAACUUCUGAAUAGCUGCAUCAUUAUGUUUGGUAUUGGAAGCAAAAUUAAACCAAAAACUCAGUCCCCUUCAAAGUGAACUUUUGAAACUACCUUGUAUUUAAAGUGGACAGUCAGGUGUGCUUUUUGUUCAGAUGUUGUGAAUAUGAACAUGUUGUCACAGGAUUUAUAGAUAAAAUUUAUUUAAUUCAAUAGAAAAAUUAUUUUAGAGCACGUUGUGUUUACAGCCCAGUUAUAUUAUUGAAGUUACUCUAUUAAAAUCACCUCCAGUUCUGUAAUGUCUUUUAAGCUGUAUAUUGUCUUUACGAGGGAGCUUGCCAUGUGAUAUUCUUGCCCCCUUCCCCCACCCCCAUUUUUUGUAAUCUUAAAUUUUGAUGUAAUUUCAAGCUUAGGAAAGUGUUAUCAGAAUACUACAAAAAACUCCCAUUAUUAUUGAUCCACAUUCACCAGGUAUUUUCAUUUGCCCCAUUUUUUUAUUGCUUCCCUCGUGUGCGUUUGUGUGUGUGUAUGCACGUGCUCGUGCAUAUACAUGUCUGUGGAUGUGUGCGUUCGUGUCUCUUGGGUAGCCUUCUGGGGUUGAAAUCGCUGGGUCAUGUGGUAAGUUGCUGUUAACCUUUUUACGAAUCUGAUGAACUCUUUUCGAAGUAACUUAACACAGUAUUUUGUUCCAUCCACCAAUGAUUGAGGGUGCCAGUUUUUCCACGUCUUCCACUAUACUUAGAGUCUUUGAUGAGGUCAUGGCCAUGCUAGUGGGUAUGCAGUAUUAGCUCAUUGUGGAGUUAUUACAUUUCUCUAGCACUUAGUGAUAUGACUAUCCUCUUCUAUGCUGUUGGCCAUUUGUAUGUGUUUGGAGAAAUGUCUGUUCAAAUAUUUUACAGGGACAUACACCCUUUUGGGCAGUCUGUCAUGUGUGGUAGGAGAUCAGAUAUUCUUAGUGUAAGUCUGUCAUCAGGUGGCCCUUUUUACAUCCAUUCUGACAGCCUCUGUUGUUUGCCUGGGAUGUUUGGUUCACACUUUCUUAUUUAUUUGCUUUGUAAUCUUGUGGAGUUUCAGGUGACCACCCUUGCAGAGGGAGGAGGGAUGGAAUUUGGAAAGAGAAACUACCAUUCCUGAGCCUGGCCUAGCUGAUGAACUCUGACUUUGGCAUUUUUGUACUUACAUGGGGCUGGACAUUCUGUUUCAGUGCUUUGUGAGUUGAAACAGCUCUAUGGACUUUUUAUUACUUGAUAGAAAGGUUUUUCUUUUUCUCUGUGGGUGGAAGAAAAGAGCUGGAUAUUUAAAAGUGUAAUAGGAGAUGAUGUUGCGUACAGAUUACAUCCCAUGAGUGAAAAAUAGCAGUUAUGUGUAUUAACAGAUUUUUGCUGAAACACACUUUUGGUGAUGAAAUUGCAUCUGUAUGAUUUUUCAAAAUGUGAAAUACUUGUGUAAUUUCUAUCACAAUUAUGUAUGGAAUGUGUGUGCAUACAUGUCAACCAUUUACAUUUAUACUAAGUUUAUUUGGUCACAAACUUUAUGUGGCCAGAUGUGUUGAUAAUUAUCUUUUAUAACUUCUGUUUUUUUUAAAAAAUAUUUCCUCAUUAAAUAAUACCAGUUAGCUUGUUUCUCAAAAAUAUGAAAUGGUUGAAUGCUUUUAUGAAAAGACUAAACACUACUGAUCUGGACUUCAUUUUGGUGUAUGUGUUCUGACAUGCAUAGUCAAGAUCACAAAUUGCUAUUUCCCAAAACAUUGAUUUAAUAAUCACUUUUACAUUUAUGAGUUAUAUAUUUUAUAGUUUUUAUCUAGUAGAGAAAUUUCAUUUACAGCAAUUUUCUUUAGUUAGUGUGUACUACUUAGCAGGCACAAGCCAGGGUGCAUGGUCCUGGGAUUGGAUUUUAAGGGGCUUGAUAAGUGGGAUGAAGUGUAAGACUGGAUAAGCAAGAAUUCAUUGAUGUGGACGCUUUUUAGAGGGAGACAGGAUUUAUCACUCAAGCAAGAACCCCAGGGGAUGGAGGAAAUUUUCUGUUAGGUUCUAUAUUAGAACUCAGAAGAUGGCCAUGUUCAAUGCUGAGUAAAGUGGAAAUGCACCCACUGUCAUGCAGUUCAGUUUGAUACCCUUAACUAUUGCAAGUUAGACCCCGCAGGUUAAGGGUCUCAGAUCCACAGCACCACCCCCACUUCAAAAUCCCAAGUCCCCAGGCUACUUGCUCUUCUGUCUGACUUGGCUAUAAAUUUGGGGAUUCCCAUCACGGUCCUUCAGGUUUGAGAAUUCACUAGAAUGACGCCGGAAAAUGCUGUAUUUAGGAUUGCUGAUGUACUUCUAAAGGAUAUAAAGGGACAACCAGAUGAAGAUAUACCUUUGCAGCAAGGUCUGGGCAAGGUCUACAUGCUUUCCCUAAGCAUGUCACCCUCUCAGUUCAUAGAUGUGUUCACCAACUUGGAAGCUCUCUGAGCCUCAUUUCAGAGUUUUUGUUAAUGGGAUUUCAUUACACAAGCCUAAUGGAUGAAAUCAUGGGCCAUUUGACAACUUGAUUUCCAGCCUACCACCCUUGAACGUGGGAGGCAAGAAUUCUUUUUUAACUUGGCAUAGUGAUUACAAAUAAACCUUAAAAAAUGUAGAGAUAGGGACUCUGUUUGUCCCCUCCUGGCGUGAGCCAGGAGCUCUUUCGUCUCACUUUAUUUCUAAAUAAAAGCCUGUACCUUGCUCUCCUACCUUAAGUGUUUGUGAAGCUCAUUCUUCGGCUUCGUGAACAAGAACCCCAGCAUCAUCUUUGGGGGCUCGUCCAGGAUAACUUCCGAGACCGGACUAGUAGACAGACAGUGGUCCUGGAUCUCAGCUCCGGCCGAUUGAUCCGAUGGUGCUGAGUGAACCUCCAGCUAGGCUGUUGCCUAUGUGAGAGUCACAGAUGACCCCCGACCUCUUGUCUCACAGAUCAGGCUCCAAGGCGAAGGGACGCCCUCACAGAGGAAAGGCCAAUCAGGUGUCGCACACCUGCCUUUCUCUUCCGGAUGGGAGCUUCCUCUUCAAGGUUCAGGCCAGACUCGCCUCUGGCAUGCAUCUGAAGAACUGGGAGAAAUUUGGUCCCCAGACCCUGAAAAAGAAGUGUCUUGUCUUCUGCACACAAGCCUGGCCUCUAUACAAACUCUCUGAUUAGAGAGGCUUGGCCCCAGAGAGAAGAAUGCAAUAAAUAUAAUAAGGUUAUGCACCUAAAUAUAUUUUGCAACAAGGAAGGAAAAUAGUCAAAAGUCUCGUGAACUACAAUAUGGAACUGGUUUUCUAUUUUUUUUUUUUUUGGCGAAAAUCUAUUCUACUGACUGGGUUCAUUAUCUUCAAAAAUUUGGAGGUUUUUAAACUAGACUCCCUGAAGUGGAAGAAAUUUGUCUUUUACAAAUACUGCCUGACUUUAAAUGACUAGUGCUGCAACUAUACUUGUAUUUCAUUUCCAGCCACCUGGACACACGUAGUCCAUAUCAGUACAGAGCCUUCAUCUGCCCUGUUAGUCUAGGGUCAUCUAAACCUUAACCCAGUUACGUAAACUGCUUGCCUUUAGAGUGUAUACUUGAAAAUUGAGAUACUUUUAAUCAAGUAAGCUAAAAGGAAAGAAGACUAUUGGACAUCAGUAACUCAAAUCUUUGUAUCAGUUUAUCUGUGGGUAUAUGUUCUCUUAAGAAAACUUGCCAACUGUAGUCAUUACUUCUCAAUCUGUAUGUUUGUGUGUCUGCGUAAAUGAAAAAUAUUUUUUCUACCUCUGGAUGGUAUUAAUAAAAAUAGAUUUAGAAACAAGCACUUGUGAAAAUUGGGCAUUUCAAAACUUCCAAAAUUCUAAUAGAAGAUAUUAAGCAUUAAUGCUAAUUUAAGUUGAACUGAAAUGGACAUGUCCUUAUGGUUAUCAGCUGCCUAAGUUUACCUAGUCAUUUAAGUUGAUGUUAUCUGUUAAAUAUUUCAAGAAAAAAUGCUUGACAAAGAGUCUUGACUUUGUCUAAUGUUUGGUGAAAGUUCUGUGAGUAAUCUAGCAUGGUUGUUGGGAAUGAGUAAACUAAGUGUAGCAAGUGAACAUCUUAAUAAUAGUGUGUUACAGUGUGUAUACCUACAAACGGCCUGAGAAUCUUUGUGGUAACCUAAAACUUUAAAAUUUUCCUAAGUUAAGUAGACUUACUUUGUGCUUAGUGAGAGAUUGUGCUGUAAAGCUCAUAGUUACAGAAAUUAUAAAACGUAUUCAUAAAUUUGUCAGUCUAAAGGGUGCUAGUGUAAUGGUUUACAAUAGCCUUCUCAGUGUUCACUGAAAACUAAGGUUCCUAAUGGUUUUAAGUUCUAAAUAUAACUACUUAAAGUAAUAAAACAAAAAAUGUAGAGGUAAACAUUGCCAAGAGAAUACUGCAAAGGAAGAAUAAGGAGGGGAACUUUGGAGCUAUAAUGAUUAUUGAAAUGCAUUUUGUAAAGAAGUUUGAGUACUGAUACAAGAAGCAAACCCCAUAGAAAACCCAGAAACAAAAUACAUAUCAGAGACUUUUUUUUUAUGUCCUUUUUUUUUUCUUAAGGUAUCACUGAUACACAGUCUUACAAAGGUUUCACAUUAGCAACAUUGUGGUUGCUAUAUUCACCCAUGUUAUCUAGUCCCCCCGACACACCCCAUUGCAGUCACUGUCCCAUCAGCUUAGUGAGAUGCUAGUCACUACUUGUCUUCUCUGUGCUGCACUGUCUUCACCGUGACCCCCACCCACACUCACCUUGUUUACCAAUCAUACCCCUCAAUCCCCUUCUCCCUCCCUAUCUGUCCUCCCCUUGGGUAAGUGCUACUCCGUUCUUGAAAUCUGAGCCUGCUGCUGUUCUGUUCCUUCAGUUUCGCUUUGUUCAUAUUCCACAAAUGAGUGAAAUUAUUUGGUACUUGUCUUUCUCUACCUGGCUUAUUCAUAGCAUAAUACCCUCUGGCUCCAUCCAUGUUACUGGAAAUCAUACGAGAGAAUUUAAUGUACGAUAAAGUGAUUUUAAACUAGGUGAGAAAACAAUUUAGGACAAGUGAAUAACUUUUUUUUAAGUUCUUUAGUAAUAAAUCUUGGGUUGAAUAAAGAUUUAAUUAGGAGAAAAUAAAACUAAAGAAAUCUAAGUCUAAGGCUGGCCCAAAGGGGAGGGCUUAUUGAAGAUUUUACUAGAGUGUGCAUUCUUUUCUCAGUCUCCACUUGAUGACACACACAGCCGCAGUCUGUGAGACCAAGAAAACUGCCUUCUGUUACUGCAGCCUUGGAGACCACCUGAGGCCCAGCAGAAUGUAGAAGAGGAAUAAACUGAGGGAUAAGGAGAUUUAUUUAGUUUUUUAGGGGUGUUUUGUGGGGAGGAGACCUUCAGCAUCCUGAAGUUUCACACCGCUUCAGCCCUCAGACACAGCUUUUCCAUGUGGACUAGUCUACCUUCUGCCAAGUUCCCAACUCAGCCACCCCCAACUGAAGGUGAAGGGAACCCAAGGCUGCUCAAGCACUGGCUGAAAUUUGCGUUGUCUGGGCCCUGCACCUGCGCUGUCCACACCCUUGGCCUCUGAGUGCCCGGCACGGUAUCAUCCGGGCAGGGCAGCUGUUGCCUGCAGUUACUGAGCGCUAACUGCUGACGGGGUUUUAUGCUGCUGUGGCCUCUGGGUAGGCUUAUUCAGCCCUAGUGCUGUGUGGCGAGCGGACGGCAGCAGGGGAGCUCAGGUUUCCUGAAGCCCAAGUCUUGCUUAUGAUGAGCAGGAUUUUUAGACCCCGGGGUCUGAAGUGUUGGUCCCCUUUGAGCCCCUUCAGAAACCAGUGUGGGGUCCAUCCCACUGAUGUGGAGGAUGACUGCUGGAGAGUCAACUUCCAGUCCCAGUACCACAUCCAAAGCAAAGAUGUCAGAAAGAGCCACAGGGCUGCCAGUAAGGGCAAAGUAGCCAGAGUGCAGCACAUUCUGUUUAUGGGGGAAAAUGGCUUGAAUGAAACGGACAAGAAGAAUAGGUAAGAGGGGCCGGGAGGCCAGGCGCGCCUGGGAGGAGGUGGGCAGACCCGGGAAAGCGCUCACUUUCCGGGCUCACCUGGGGAGCCGAGCCCCCUAGCGCCAAGGCCCCCUCAGGACCUGGGUCCCGGAAGACUGACGAGGGGUCCGGCGCCCGUGCCCACGUUAUGAGCAGCAGAGCCAAAAAGUGUAACGGUUUCAGACCCACUCAUAAUGACUGACAGUUUUGCAGUGAUUAAACUGAAAAGCACUAAUAGAAAAACGGAGUAUAGACAGCAUUUUAUUUUUAAUGUAAACAUUUUCAUACCAUAAUAUUAGAUAUUACAGAAAAGUGCAUAAUGGUAUAAAAGUGCCUAACAAAAAAUACUGUAUAAAAGUGCAUAAUACAUAAUGAGAAAAAUGAAAAAAUUUUUAAUUGAUCAACUUGUAAAAAUUCUUUGGGUAAAAUCCAAUAUCCACUUUAUAUUGGUGUACACCUAUGUAUAGAUGUGUUAUUUAAUGAUGGACCUGAGAAAGGAAUUUUGAAAUGGAAAAAAUCUAUUAAAUAGGAAGAUUCAUUUUCUCAAAAUGUGUGCUCUUCUUAUAUUUUAAUUUCAUAUAAGCCAAAUAAAAAAUAAUCAUGGUUUUAAAAAUUGGGGGUUCCAUAUGCUGCCCCUCUUUUAUUGCUGUGAUGAAAUUUAGAAAAGUCUUGCAUAUUAAACAAAGAUUUGCCCUUCUAGAUAUAAAAAUGUGCUAUACAUUUUCACAGAGUAUUGUUACUAACAGCUGAAAAGACAGAUAAAUGAAUGGAACAGAAUGGAAAGUGACCAAAUCCCCACAUAUAUAUAUGAGUCAGAACUCGAUUCUGAUAACAUUUCAUAUCAGUAGGAAGAGGUGAAUCAUUUAUAAAUGGUGGAGAAAUACCUGCUAAUUAUGUGGAGAAUACUAGCUAGAUUUUUAUCCCACAAAAAGAAGUUCCAGAUGGAAUCUGUAGUACCAGUGUAUUUUUUUUUCUUUUUAAAAAAUCUGAGUUCUACAAUGGACAUAUAUAAAAAUUUUAGUGGAAGUUUAUUAUUAAUGAAGUAAUUCUGGGAGAGUACAGAAGUAUGACUCUCACACAGAUAAAAACUACUUUUAAAAAAUGUUUUUGAGGAUUGGUAUCUUCUGAUGACUUUAAGCCUGUUCAGAAAUAAAGAAUCUUUCUAUCUGUGCCUGUAGAUUUUAGGAUGUAUAUGUUUAAUUAUAUACAUGUUUUUUAUUAUAUGUAGCUUUAUUACAUUUAUGUAAACAACUAUAGACCAAUUAUUUUAGUUGCAUCCUUGUGAAAAUAAAAGAUAGUAAAUACAAAGGAUGACUGUUGCUAUUGCAAAAGUCUAGAAAAUUUUAGUUCUGUCCUUAUGAAAACAAAAAUCAAAAAUAGCAAAUAUUACUAUUGCAGAAGUAUUGCCUUUAUAAAAGUUUUCUUUAAAAAUACUGACCUCGAUCUUGCUCUUGCCUAACCCCAGGAUGUAUGUCUUGCAAGAAUAAUGUAUAGCUGUGGAAAAUUACUAUGAGUUAAGUGCUUUGAAAAUGCUAUAUAAACCCUUGGCUCUGAGUGCUCGGGGUCCUUGUUGAAACCCGCUGUGUCGGGCAGACACUUGGACCCCAGCUAGCUGGAAUAACAAUAAACCUCUUGCUUGUUGCAUCGAUCUGCUGUGGCCUUCGUCUCCUCACUUGGGGGGAAGCGCAGACCAGAAUAAGGCCAUUGGGUCUUACAUUUGGGGGCUCGUCCGGGAUCGCGUGACCCCCCCGCGGAGGAACGACAAGCCAAGGAUCGGAGGCUUGCCCUGGCCAGGUCUUUUGUAUGCCUGGUGAUAUUAUACUCUGCCUUGAGUUUGGACAGUUCUUUCAGCUAAAUGUGAAUUCUUAUUGUAGCUUUCUUUCCCUUCCUGAAGAUGAAAGCAGAGGAAUCUACCAUUGGCUACCAUUCUCUCAAGAAUGCUUGGUAACCUAGAAUUAUUUUGACUUUCUAUAUAUUGUCUUUAAAAACUGACAGCAGCAGUCUCCCCUGCUGCCCCACCUUUUUAAGUUAUCUCGUUUACUGUGCUGGGAUAUAGACAAUAAAUGUGUAAUGAUAGUUCUAAAAGAAUUAAAUGCAAAAAGGUGCUUUUACCUCUAGUUAACUCUGAUAUUUUCCAGAGGGCCCCUGAAACAUGUCAGAAGAAUUUUUUCUCAUUAGAGAAAGUAUUUGACUAAUUUGGCUUAUAUAUACUUACCUGCUUAAUUACCUGGAAAGCACUGUCAAAGAGAAUGAUGCUAAAUUUUGUUAAUGUUUUGUAUUACAGAAAUAUCAGAAUUUCCUUAUGUCAACUGUCUUACAGUAAGCUCUCAUCAGAUCUUUAACCAUUGUCAUUUGUAAGUCUUUUGCCAUUUAUAGUUACUGUUUUAUUAUUCCUAAACUAGUAAAGAACUAGAUUUUAGCAGAACAGGUAUUGGUUACAUAAGAUUAAGUGAACUAAAGAAGAUAGUUUUGUGACUUUUUGUUUCAAAUGUUGCUGAUAAAGUGUUUUAAGCUUUUCCUCUUAAGCUGACAACAGUUUAGUAAAUGACUAUCUUUAUAAGCAGAAUUGAAACAUCCUUCUCUCUACCUGAUCCCUACAGAGUUUAAAAACUUUCAGUGACUAUUUUUGUAUUCCAUGGCAGUAUGUUUAUUUGCACGAGUUCAAUAAGAAUCUGCUUUCCUUGUGAGAAGACUAAUUAAAGAACACUGGUUAUACUGCCAGGGCUUUGACUGGAAUGUCAUACCUGAGAGACAUGUGCAUGGACUCAGAUGUGAACAACUUUAAGGAACUAAGACUGACUUUAUAAAGCCAACAAAGCCCCUUGGAAGAUCUGGCCUGGUACCUUGCUUACAGAGUUCCCAGCAGCCUUACCAGGUGAGUAAGGAAGGUCACUUCCUGGCAGGUGCAGAGACCUCGAGAAGAGAGAAAUUCAUCCAAAUCUACAGGUACUGCAGGCAAAGCCUGAUGGCAAGUCUGGCUUGGCUGUCUGGCCUCAAGAGGCCUUUAAAAGUUCAAUCUGAAAUUCCUUACAAAAAGUUCCAGCAAAGCAUAUUUAAAAGAGCCUGUGUAAUCAAUUGCUCUUCUUGCUGCACUUGUGCAAAUAAUCAAGCCAGCUGUUAAUUAUUUUCUUAACCUGGUUACUUCUAAUAAAAAUGAGGGUGAUUUUAGAGAAAA